CUCCAAUUGAGAGGAAAGAAAUCAGAAAUGGCAGCUGCAAUUGCAUCAAGAUCUUUUCUUCGUCCAGUGUUCCGAACAGCAGCCACAACUACAAGAACCAAAAUCCCAUUUUCAGUUCGAUCCAAUUUCAUUCUUCAUCAGACCCGGACUUCUCCUCCAUCUCCUUCUCGGUUGAUUCGACGAGAAGUAAGCACUCUUCAACCGAUUCACAGCGCGGUUGCAUCGUCUUGCCUUGUUUCCAAGCUUCCUCGUGAUGCCAAUAGUUGUGCUGAAGGUAUAUCCAGUUCUUUUUUUUUCCUUACAUUUUUCUGGUUUAGGCACUUUCUUUUAUACAUCUUGGUUGCUUAGUGAACAUGACUUGAUUGGAUUAGAUAUUUUAAUCCGGAAACUUCAAGCUCCAAACUAAAUUGUUUUGACAUCUGGUUUAACUGCUCUUCAUCUCUCAUUCAAUGUAACUAGUACCUGUUGGAAAUCCUACAAGACGAUCGAGAGUUUAGAAUUAGGUAGCCGUUUUUGCUUACAUGCUUAUGUACCAGCAGUUUUCAUAGAAGGAAACCCUAUAUUUUUCCAAAACAAUGGGUCGUUUUCCAAAGCUCACUAGCUCAGCCUACUAGCAGUUUAGAAGUAACUAGGUCAGUGCGUGACUGCGUUCAAGAAUUUGUUCUUCGGAUUAAUCGUUUGGUUUAAUUAUGGUUAAACUAGAAGAUGCCUUAUUGGUUUAUUCAAUACAUUUAUUGAUAUUGUGAGGCAUUUCAUCUCUUCAUGUUGCUAAUCUGGUGAGGGAAAUGAAAGUUUUUGGUCUGCUAAGGUAACUGCUGUCGAAGGUAGACAGCUAGCAUUUCUUACAAGCAAAAAGGUAAAAGGUUGGAUAAUCUAUGUUUUUUCUGCCUAGAUGA